AUGACUACCAGAUGGACAGAGACUCUGAAGCGAACUCGCAAUGGUUCAGUCUACUCUGAAACAACAUCAACAUUGCGCAGCCUCGAUCGCCAUGCAUCUAAACAGCGGAAAUUGGCGGGCGGCAAACAGGUUCGUCUCCCUGAGCCUUGCUAUCUGGAGGCUCUACCCGCCGAGCUCUUGCAACAGAUCUUUCUUGCUUCCAUGAACGGGAAUCUACUUGUCGCAUCGCCCUUGAUUGCUGUCAAGUUAUCAGGAAUGAAGGCCCUGUACCAUGCUGCAUUCCUUCUAGCUUUCUUCAGCCACGACGUUGAUAGACAGUUCGACAUUCACAAGUUGCACUUCCUCAUCCCUAGGCUUGAACUUCCCCUCUCAAGCUGGGACAUUCGAAACAUGACAAAGGCGAUAUUGGCAAGUCGCUGGUGUACGUGGGGCCAAGUCAAACUAUGGCUGGCAGCAAAUCUGAGAUACGUUGUUGGGGAGCUGCUCAAAGUUGCUCAACCGAGGCGUGCAGGAGCUGCCAUAGAAGAGUUUAUGCAAGGCAAGACCGACCUCAAAAAUCUGAACGGACAUUGCUGGUGGGCCAGAGAUAACGAAGGACGGUCAUGGCACGUCGAAACAACCAUGUGGGACGUUCGCCUAAGACGGCGUAGCGAAGUCAAUGAAAGUCGAUUCGACGACAACGACCACGCAGCUCCUGGCUCAUACCGGCUUCUUUCCGAUUGGCAAUACGAGCUCGUCAUUCAGUGUCAGAUGCGAAUAUUCGGCGUGAUGACUAUUGGUAAAGAGAAGAUGCACAAUCGUUUGCCGGAUCUGCCCGACAACACACCUUUUCCCCGCGUCAUCGAAUACUACAUCGGGCUUAAUAUCGAGGGGAGGAAGCCAACAACAUCCUCGCUGGAUGUCUGGGAGUUCCUAGAGAAUCGCGCAGUAUGGGCGACUCGCAAUUCACAAUGGUUACGUGAGACACUUGCCAUCGACUAUUUCUUUCGUCCUGAUGAUCAGCCCUUCAAGGUCUCCCCUCGGCUGUACAGAGCUGCCGCGGCGGCUGAUGUGAUGCUGGAGCACCGGAUCUUCAAGAGGAGGGGCUCUUUUGUUCCAGCACUCUACGUCCUGUUUUCGAUUGAUCCUUUAUCUCUGCCAAGAACGGAACCAGCUUUCUUGGUUUGGGCAGCAAAGGCUUAUGCCCGGGUAAGUUGUUUCCGCUGGCAACUGGAGGCUCUACGGCGCAUAAUAGCACGUGCCACAACGGCGGGAAAAUUGAGCACUCGAAAUGAGAACCAUUAUCGGACCAUCAAGGUCGAGCGCAAGUUUAGCUACGAAAUGGAUGUGAGAAUUUUACGCUACGUUGAAACCGGCUCGCUGGAGACAAUUCCCGACGCGUUCGCGCCAGAUUUUAAUGCGCCCCUACGCUGGCACGGCGAAAGAUUGAAUAGUUUUCCUGCAGCGGUGGCCGAGGCCGAAAUGACCGGCUUUCCCAACGCAGAUCUAAGGGAUAUCGACAUUUUUAAUCAUCACUCUGAUGAUCAUCAUAAUCCUCGUCUCAGUUACGUAGACGCUAUGGACGGUGCUCUUAGCUUCCUUCACGGCAAGAGGUACACCAGAGCUGACUAUCAGCUCGAUAAUCUUGCAGGCAGCGAGUCUCGCUAUGCACUCACAACCUACGACGCAUACUACAGAAGCAUCCGCCACGAUGGCUACCAGGGUCUCUUUAACAGAUCUCAGGACGACAGCGAGGAAGAGCCUGCAAAUAUCCAUUACGGCGAAGAUCCACGAGAGAACCAGUUUGACUUGCCUUCUGAUGAGAUGGCCGCCAUUGAUUGGGUUGUCUCAAGGCUUGAUAAAAAGCACCCAAUUCCACCCUUGAUCAAAGACACCGAACUGGCUGAGCCACUUCGUGGCCCGCCUGAAUGGUUUCAUGGUGUUGGAGAGCCAUUCUUUCAAGAGUAG